ACACGCAGGCUAAUCAGAAGAAUAGGACGUUUUGCUUUUGAACAUACACUGAUCUGAUCUGAUCUCUCCGAAAACAUCAAUGGUCACAACUACAUUAACCAGCAUGCGUCACACAAACCCAACAAGGAAGUUACAGGCGGGAACGCGGAAAUUACACUAACCUACUGCUGGAAGGAGAGACUGAUAUCAUUUGAACGCCAUGGCCAACAGCAGAAAGGUGGUGGUGUUCCCGUCAUCCGCAGAGCUCGGGCCCGUGUUGGCCCAGCUGGUGUGCGAUCGGGCGCAGAAGGCCCUGAGCGCUGGAAGGGGUCAGUUCUCCCUGGGUCUGUCCGGGGGCAGUUUAGUGUCCAUGCUCAGCAAAGAGCUGCCUGCCCAACCUGGUCUGGACUGCAGCAAGUGGGUGGUGGGCUUUUGCGACGAAAGAGUGGUUCCUUUUGAUGACGCAGAAAGCACCUAUGGACUGUACAAAAAUCAACUUUUCUCCAAAAUCAACAUUCCAGACGAGGGUAUUUUAGCAAUAGAUCCCUCUUUACCCGUGGAGGAGUGUGCAGAAGAUUAUACUCACAAAUUAAAUCAGGUCUUCCCCAAUGAGGACGUUCCAGUGUUUGACAUGUUGCUGUUGGGAAUGGGGCCGGAUGGACACACAUGCUCCCUGUUCCCCGGUCAUCCCUUACUACAGGAGACCCAGAAGAUAAUCGCCCCCAUCAGUGACUCCCCAAAGCCUCCCCCUUGCCGUGUGACCAUGACCCUCCCUGUGGUGAAUGCGGCUCGCUCUGUGGUGUUCGUGUCCACAGGAGGGAGCAAAGCACCUGUGUUGAAGGAAGUUCUGGAGGGUGGUGAGGGCCCAGCCCUCCCAGCGGCACGCGUUGCCCCCAGUCAGGGAGAGCUGCUCUGGCUCGUGGAUGAGCCCGCAGCAGCCUCCCUAACCCUGGAGGUGGAGAGACCUGGGCCUGGUGCCAAACUGUGACAUCAAACAGCGCGCUGGUGAAGCACCUACAGACAACACUAACUACGCGCCUCUGAACACUGGUAAUUGACUGAUAUUACAGUGUAGCCUACUAGGGCAAUGAUAACAUGUAAUACAUGCAUUUGUGGGAGACUACUGUAAGUAGGAACUGAUUCGAAGGAAGUUUAAACUGUAGAUCAGAAUUGUUUGUGGAGGUUGUGGACCACAAAUAAGUGAUAAGGUUUGAAGAACUUUGUUUACAGAGUGACUGAUCCAAUCUGGCCUGCACAGGUGGUCUGCUUACCUAGCAAUAUGUUGUCUGCUCAUCUAGUGAGUUUAAAAUAAACGAGUUACUGAA